AUGGCUGAAACAAACCAAACUGCAAUUUCAGUUAUUCAACCUGAAGAUUUUGUUGAAACUGUGAAUGAAAAUGCUGUGGAUAAUCCAAUUCUCAUCCCAUCUGAAGAUGUCAUUGUUACACUACCAAACCAAACAAAUAUUGCAGUUGUUGAACCAUCAGAUAAUGUUGAAACUGUGAAUGAAGAUGCAAUUGACAAUUCUGUGGUGAAUCCAUCUGAAGAUGUCAUUGCUACACCACCAAAUGAUGUUGGUGCUACAGGUUCCAGAAGUAUCCAAAAAAACAAAGUGACGUCUGUUGAGAUGUGUUUGAUUGAUGCUCAGGAAAGCAAAAUUCAAGCAACCAUUCCUGGAAGAAUUGUGAAAGAUUUUGCAUAUUCUUUCAAAGAAGGUUGUGUUAGAAGAUUAUCAAGAUUUGACAGUUGUCUCAACAUUAGUGGGGGAUUCAGGUGUGCUAAGCACGAAUACAAAAUUGCGUUCAUGUCAAACACAAAUGGUGAAGCUGCAUUUGAUUUUGACAUCCCAGAUCAUGUGUUUGAGUUCACACCAUUGGCAGAAGUUACAAACUUUGUGGCCAACUUUGAUUAUUGUUUUGGCCACAUCAUGGCUUACAGCGAUCCAAUUGUUGAAAAUGGAAAGAAGAGGAUUUCAGUGAAGCUUGAAAAUGAAAGGGCUGACAAGCUAAAGGUUACUUUGUUGGGGGAGGGGGUUGGGGGAGAACUUGCUGAUCAAGUCACUAAAUACAUAUCUAAAAAUCCUCAGUUUCCUGUAGUCCUCAUUGUUCAAUAUGUUAAGUGA